CAAGAAAAGCGGUCUCUUUCCUGCUUGAACACUGAAGCCGAGCAACAUCCGCGAAGUUUGUCUCUGAUCCGAAACAUGGAUAAUUUGAGUAGUUGACGUUUGCUUUUACCAUCUCUUUUUGGGCAUUCUUCUUCCUCCAGACGUGAAUAGUCCGAUCCGGAUUAAGCAUCCAGUUUUUAUUUUUUUGAUUUCGUGUGACUGAACAACAUGAAAUUCAUCAUUGGCAUUGGCGGCGUAACAAACGGCGGCAAGACAACUCUUACCAAUAGAUUAAUCCAGGUCCUGCCAAACUGCUGCGUUGUUCACCAAGAUGACUUUUUCAAGCCUCAAGAUCAGAUUGAAGAAGACAAAGAUGGGUUUAAGCAGUAUGAUGUUAUCACUGCACUGGAUAUGGAUGCCAUGAUGAGUACCAUCCAUGCAUGGAUUGAAAACCCUGUUAAGUUUGAGCGCUCACACGGUGUGAACAACACUCUGGAUGCUGACAUUUUACUGGAGUCCAACGAUAAGGAUGAGGGCAUUCACAUCCUUAUUGUUGAGGGCUUUCUGCUUUACACCUAUGGACCGUUGAUCGACGUAUUAAACCAACGAUACUUUCUUUCCAUUCCAUAUGAAGAUUGCAAAAAGAGGAGGUGUUCAAGGAACUACUCAGUGCCCGAUCCACCUGGCCUGUUUAAUGGCCAUGUUUGGCCUAUGUAUUUAAAGCACAAAAAAAUAAUGGAGGACAAUAGCGUUGAUGUGGUUCAACUAAAUGGAACUAAAUCAAAGGAUGAACUGUUCCAGACAGUUUACAAUAAAAUCCAAAAUGACAUCAUGAAACGGCUAGAAUCAUACUAAGAUAAUGUUCUCUAUGCUGAAGACAGAAGCUUUUUAUAACCACCAGAAAACACACCCAGCCUUAUCUUUUAAUGUGUGAAAUUGGCUGCUCAGAUUUUAUUUAAAAAACAGUCUGCUGUUGUAAUGUAUAUUUUAUACUGGCUUCUGGUUUUUAUACCUUGAGAUAUUUAUUUCUGCAAUCUUUAAUGUUCUGCCGCAGCAAUAUCCGCAGACAUUUCUGUCUGAAAAUUUCAAUGGGAUGCAAUUCUAUCAUUAAAAGGUCCUUCGAAAAA